AUGGCUUGGGAAGACCCUGAAGCCAAUACCAUCAAUUGCUUUACAACUGAAAGUGGCGGGGCUUUCACGGCUGCCUACUUGCCUGUUGCCCUCCCCGAGACAUCCACCGCGCCCGACAUGGCCUUUGCGGUUGGAACUUCCAUUGCCUCUGUGUGCGUGCUCGCCAUGUGCGGCAUAGUCACCUGGCAGGCACGCGCCGGGAACGUGAAGGUCAACCUGGCGAAUGGCGCGUGCAAAUGGAUGGCCGAGCCUUUCCAAGGAAAGAAAAGCCGCGUGGCCCCAACCCCAAUCGAAACACCCCGCAGUGUCCCACAGCUUGCCUGGCAAGCCAGUGGGCUGAGUGCUCUGAGCAGCAUCAGCCGUGGCCACGUCAGCCCCAAGCACUUCAGCCCAAAGAGUUUGCAGGGACGGGAGGACUUCUGGAACUGGGCAAGGGACUUGGUGGGCUCUGCAAGCCUUCCACAGCUCCCAUACAGCCAGUCCUUCAACUUUGGGGACCCUGCAUCCAGCUCUCUGCCCUCUCCAAGCACGCUUCAGAGGGCCAAGAGUGUGCCCAAUUUUUUGAGCCAACCCGAGAACGUGGAGAUCCAGGAGAGCAUGAGCCCAAAGAGCCCAAAGAGCCCAACGCAUGUCUCGGAUGCCCGAGACCACUUCUCGGACUGGACCACGGACAUGCGGGACAAGAUGGAGCUGGGAGCGAAUCAUAGCCCAGCCGGCCGGCCCGGCUCUGCAUGCUCCGUGCGCUCGGCACGCACCGUGCUUUCUUCACGAUCGGCCAAACCGGAGUUGCCUGAGUUGCCGGGCACAUCAAACUCCUUCAUGCUAGGCCAAUCCAUGGCCAGCACCCCACCAAGCCUUCCGAGGCCACACUUUCCUCCCAAGCCUCAUGAGGAGAAGGAGGAAUAUUUCAGAAGCUUUGAGCAGGAGGGCAUGGGCCAUGGGUUAGGUCCGGAGCUGAGGGACAUCGUUGGCUUGGGCAUCCCCAUGCUCCCGCAUUCUCCCGCUUCCCGAACUUCCCGACACGUUUGGCCACCUCCACCUCCACCACCAAAGUGCAGCAGCUCGACAAGGCUGGCCCCGAAGCCGCCGCCGCACCCUCCUCCGCAGAACAUGCAAUCCUUUGUCGACCCACCCAUGGUCGAGGAUGCCGAGCAUGUUGAGGUGAGGGUGGACCAGGCCUUCUUGGACUGGACCCGCGACUUUGCUGUACCGACCAUCGCCAAGGCCACACCUCCAUUCCGGCCACCCCCCCCACCAUUGCCCCGAACUUCGCCUACACCUCCAGCUCUGCCGGCAGCUCAAGCAGUGCCAUGUUUGCCAAUCCGGCCACAAAGCUGCCGAAGCUUCGACCCGCACGAGCAGAACUCGAGCUCCAGCUUGCGAAGCCUGCGCAGUGCUGUUGUUCGGAUCUCCUUGGAAGUGUUUUGUGUUUUCUAUUAUUUUCUAGAUCGGUUGCGUCGCAUGCACGGCAUUGACCAAAUCUCGCACGACAUGCAUCAAACGAGCUCCAGAAAUGCAAGACAACGCAAGAAUACCAUGCUAUGCUCCUUUAAUGGCGACUUCCAUGUUGCAUCUCUUGAUGUCCGUAGUGUUAAAGAUCGCCUGAUGAACGCUCGUCAGCUUUGA